CAAAGCGGCUACGGUUACGGAGGCCAUGUUGACGACGGUCGUCAAGCGACAUUUCGAUUAACCUUACUCAAAAUACCCUUUAAAAGUGAACCCGCAAUUCCUAACUCACGCUAAAUAGUAACAUAAUACGAUGUCAACGGACGAUUUUCAAACGAAGUACACCUCCUUCAUAGAGAGUGUCGUGAAGAGUACUGUCGCCGAAACUACCAAACUUUUUGAAACUAUGGUUGACGAAUUAAAGGCUGAAUUGACGAAAGUCAAGACAGAGAACGAGGCCCUUAAACAAACAUGCAGACAGAUGGAGGAUGUGAAAACGCAGGCGAUCAGGGAGUCCGGACAACGUGGUGGUCCGAAGAUGCGCGAUACAGCCGUUCAAUGUGACCUUCUUCCUGGCUAUCUUUUACCGGAAGUGCAGCCAGUCAAACAAAGCACAGAUGAACAAAAUAAACAAUGUAAUCAAGAAGACUUGGUGUACACCCUGCUGAAGGACCACGACUAUGAUGCUGCAAAAGAUGAAAAUUCAAAGCUGACGGUUUCACUUUCAAACCACGAGUUAAGGUUCCUAAGAGCACAGUGGCCUCCAUAAUCCUGAAAUGGAAGACGUUUGGGACGAGCAGAACCCUUCGUAGAGCUGGUCGUCCGGCCAAACUGAGCAAUUGGGGGAGAAGAGCCUUGGUGAGAGAGGAUUAUGAACCCCUCAUAGUUAGCAGGAACAUAUUGUGUGCAGUAGCAGAUUCACCACCAAACUCUGCUUGUGGAAAUGAAACAGAAGACCCUGAGAUUGACAAGCAAUGUUUAAAGAGAGAGGUCAGAGAAAAACUUGAGACUCUAGUGGCCCCUGUACACCCCAGUUUGGAAGAGGAUCACAAUUUACAUGAGGCACGGAAUCAAUUAAUAAACCCAUUAAAUUAUCUAAACUCACUUGUUAGAAUAAAUAAUAACAUUGAAGUGGCAGCCAGUGCUGGUCAAAUAUUAGCUGAAUUGGGGACCCAAGGAUGUGCUAGUCCAACAACAACCUUUGAAGAACAGUUGGAGGCAUCAAAGGUUAAAAUUCAGCAAGCAUCAAUUAAGGAAACGCCAGUACAUGAACAAGCAUAUGUCACUAUGCAGCUGUACAGUGGUGUUCCCCCUCCAGUGGAAAGGAAAGAUGAGCCAACACUAGUGGAUAAACAACUAGGAGAGCAAAUUAAAUGUGGCUUGACAGAAGAUAAAACCAAGUGUGAAAGAAAAGUGCCACAAAACAGAAACGAGAGAAAACAGCCCUCAGAAAAAGUGAAACGUCUGCAAAAGACCCCAAUGAAAACACCUUUAUCUUCAAUUGGUGCUGUUGGUGCAUCACAUGAUGAAGUGAGGAAUUCACCUUCCAAUUGCGUAGAGGUCACGUCUUCAUGUUGGGUUGCAGAGGUCUCCCCAGAUCAACCACAAGAAGCUGUUACCAUUGUUUUUCCAUCAUUGGAAAAGAGAAGAAGCAGUGCAUCAGAAGACGUAGAGAACCAUAACAAUGUACCUCAUAUUGUUUCAGUAUUAUCUUUGUCAGAAGUAGGUUUGUCUUCUGUUUCUGAACAUCCCUGCAUGGACAUGAAAGAAGCUUUGUUUCAUGCCCAGAGUAGUGACAUUCCAUCUGCAUCAAAGUUAUUAAACAACCUAACAACCUUAUCACCACAAGCAUCGUCGCAUCAGCUCAGGGAACGUACCACCUCUGUAGCGCUUCAGGAUGCAAUGCUACUCGUUGAAGCAAUGGAUCAGUCCACAAAGAAUUGUACCUCCCCACAAGAAAAGGCAACAGCCCAAGACCAGUGUACCUUCUCUGUUACCUUACCAUCUGCGGUCAAAUCUUCAUUACCUACCCAAGCAUUGGCAUCACAGUCACCAAACAAGACACUUUUUGUCACUUUUACAAGAGAAUCCAGACAUUCUCAGACCCACAUUAGAGUUCCUACAGUGCACCAACAUGGUGUUACUUCGUCUGGUAUUAUUACAUCUACAUCAUUGUUGCCUGCUCCAGCAAGCAAAUCACAUGAGCAAUGCUCUCUCCAUACUCCAAGUAUAUUGGCAGCACCAUUAGAGACACUGAUAGUCUCAGACUCUGUCCCAAAUAAAAUAUUUUUGUCCAAAUCACCAUCCACUCUUCCACAAUGUAUGAUUGCCCCACUGUCUCCGAACCAGAUUUCAGCUGUUGUGUCAACAGUUGCUGGUGCCCACGAUAAGUCUACAUCUUCGUCUUCAGAACUUUCUCAAGGAAAAAAUGAAGUUACUUUCACAACAGCUGCUCGCCUUGUCAUGUCUGACACAACAAAACAAAGGUCAGGCCCAAUACCACAAACACAAAUAAAAAUUAUAAUUCCCAGAGGUACAGCUGUUGUGGCAAGCCCACAACAACUGUCUGAGACACUAGUUGCUCCUACCAACCAGAAUUCAGUUGGACCAGAUGUCACUCUGCCAUCAUCACUGCACCCACACACGUUUGCUCAAAUUAUUAAAGACGAAAAGGAAACACCACUGCCAAUUAUUUUAUCCACAUUGUCAUCCCCAAAACUAGAAUGUUUGUCACAGCCGAUCAGCAUUUAUAAAAAAUUACAAAUAACUCCUGGGCAUCAAACAUCAGCAUCAUCAACUAAGAGUGUACGGAUAAACAGUUUUCCACUAGUCCAAUCAAUCAGACUAAUAAGGCUGCCACAUCUGGCAUUGUCCACCAAAUCAGUUUUGGUUUCACAACUGUUUUCUCAUAGAAAGGAAUCUGAAGUCCUACUACACAGAACCUCAUCUUUGAUCAAUGACCAGGCAUCAAAAUCAACAGUCUGUCCAUUUGAAGUCUCUUUAUCAACCAACAUGUUUCCCAAUUUCAAACAAACUUCUGUUGCUGAAACUGUAAAUGCCUCUUCGAUAUCAAAGAAGGCAUCAACAUACUCAAGAUUGAUAGGGGAGCGAGCCACUUGUUUGUCACCCUGUACACCUUCCAGUGUGUCCAACCCAGUCUUGGAUAAAUCAACAAUGGACUUUGCAAAGGCAGGGCUUUCAGCUGAAUCUGAUCAAGCACAUAAAACAUCUUUACCUCUGGAUGAGAAUAUUAUCAACAAUGCAGAGCAGAAUUGUGGUUCACAAAAUGACUAUCCUACCCCUUUACAGGUAUCCCCCAUCACCAAGGACAUAUCUGACCCUCAUUUACAAUUGACAAAAACUCAGUUCCUUGCACAGUUGGCAGUGUCACCUGUAAUCCAAGAUUCCCAAAAGGUAUUAACAAUUGAGUCUACAGAUGUCCAAAGCGUGUGUGAAGGCACCAGUACCGAUGGCAGGAGGAAGUCACAGAAAAAUUCCAUUGUUGCCCGUCUCCAAUGUCAUCUCAAAAUGCACUCUCAAACUAAAAGAACAAAAACAAUCCCAGAACAACUGACAGGCAAACAGCAUCCCGCUGAAAGCCCCAAGAAACACAGAUUAGAGAACUUUAGUACGACUGACCAAGAGUCUACCAAUGAGCUUAUUUGUGUUUGCACAAAUGUAGCCAGUUCCCUGAGUCCCACAGGGACACUAUCAGAAACUGAGUUUUUCCAAGGAAGUCCCAGGAAUCACCAAAGUACCGAUAUCAGUUCAACUGAAAGUAGGACUACAUUUGAGCCUGUUUCUGUUAACCCCCCAAACCUAGGCGUAAGUAAAUCUAGUUCAGCUCUAAAAAACACGACAGACAGCGCUUUAAUUAUCCCCUCACUGCCACAAACCGAAAUAAACGUCAGCCAUGUAAACAGUAUAACAAUGGGAGAUACUAUUGAAGACAUUACAAUAAACUCUAAAAGGCCAUUUUUUGCUGAAGGUUGUGCAAGCAAAACAUUUGAAUCUAUUAUAUAUCCACAAUCAAGCUCGACCACAGAUACACCUGACAUGACAAAUAUGAAAUUAUCCCCACAGAGUAGUUUUCCGUCCAACCCAUGUACCAAUAAUGCUGUCUCUGAAAAGUCAGGAGAUUCUAGUCAGAGUCCCGCUUCAAGUUUAACUAUAGAUAAACUUUGUCUUACACAAACAACAUUCCCUGUUGGGAUCACUGGAAAGCCUAGCACUAAUAAAGAUGAGACUAGCCAAAAUAAGUUAAAAGCCACUACUGUGUGUCUAAGGUCAAGUACAACUCAAGUUACCACCACCCCUCUAAAGACUAAAUUUCCACCUGGAAGUCAGAAGAGGCGUUUUUCUGCUAAGGAAAAUGCUGGUAAUGAAAAGACCCAAUUAAAUUGUCAUCGAGAUCAGUCUGUCCAUACAAAGACAUCUCCUUCGCCUCCUCCUAGGACAAGAUUAACUAGAGAUUAUACAUGCCCAAAAAAAUCCCAAUUACCUCCCCUUAGUCAGAAUGAGUCCACUCCCGUUAUUCAGAAUGAGUCCAGUUUGAUUAAAAAUUUUCCCAGCCCCAAAAUGCCUUACUGUGAAUCUCUCAGGAGUUGCAACUUUGCUAAAGAAGAACAUACCACCAAAAAGAUAAAAAGAAAAUCAAAUUCAUUAUUUGGGAAAACUGUUGCCGCAAGUGCUUGGUGGCCCAAAUUGGCUAAAAAUAGUGCAAGUUCAAGUACAACUGUGGAAAGUACUGCUAAGAAAUCUAGAUUCAACCAAACUUGUACUAUUUCAGAAAAUACUGUAAAGGUACAAAAUGCAAAGCAAUUAUCCAAAGCAGCAAAAGCUACAAAUAUAGCAAACAUUGAGCAAACUAAAUUAAAGAAUACUAAGCAAGUAAUACACCAUUAUACCAGUGAUGUAACAGGAAACAAAUAUACUUCUCAGCUUGUGUGGACUGCCCCUACAACGCGAGCCAGGGAAGCCGCCUCAUUAAGAGAAAUGAGGUUAGCAAUUUUACCAGUUCAGAGAGAGACACGCUCCCCAAGAUCUCAGAAUCGUUCUGUAGUAUCUCCCCAAUGUCUUUCGCACCACCUGACACAUGUCAAAGACCCACCUAUCGUAUCACCACUGCACCCUCUAGCAGUCAUCGGUGAGCGGCUGCUCAAGAACCAGUGUGGGGAAUGUGGUCGUGUUCUUAGCAGCAGCGCUGCUCUUGAAAGCCAUGUCAGUCUCCAUACCGGUCACAGACCAUUCUCUUGCACACUCUGUGGAAAGAGCUUCCCUGACUCCAAGGGUCUGAAACGACAUGGCAGAGUGCAUCGCAAUGGUAGGAUCCAUAUCUGUCAGCAGUGUGGGAAGGGUUUUGUCUAUGGCUUUGGCCUCACCAAACAUCUCCAGAUGGUACAUGGGAAAGUCAAGCCAUUUGUGUGCCAGAUCUGCAACAAGGCAUUCUUCACAAAGCGAGAUGUGGAGGCCCACAUACGAAUCCAUACAGGGGAGAAACCAUUCCAGUGCCAUCUCUGUGAAAAAAAGUUUGCAAGGAGAGUUGAACUAAAUGUGCAUCUGAGGUGGCAUAACGGGGAGAAAAGACACUGGUGCCCAUAUUGUGGAAAAGGAUUUUUAGACUACAACAACAUGAAAAGACACAAGUAUAUCCAUACAGGAGAGAAACCGCAUUCUUGCCCACAUUGUCCCAAACACUUUACACAGUCUGGACACCUGAAAAAGCAUGUUAAAAAUGUACAUAAGGUCAAAUAAGAGACCCUGCAAGUUGGCUUCUUUCAAGGUCCCAUGCCACACCUAUUUUGUGUGUAUAUGUAUGUAUGUAUUUAUUUUACAAUCUUUGAUGUCCUUUUAUCAUGUUUUCAAGAUAAUUUGGGUUGUAAAUGCCCUUUUUCAAGCUAUUUCAGUUUGUCCACAACACCUGGCAGAUGAGAUGGCUGGAUUUCUCAUUAUUUGCUAUUUGAAUAAGCUUUCCUCUGAUUGGAUCACUGUUCUCCUUAAUUUGAAUAUGGAAAACACAUUUGCUCUGAUUGGGAGUAGGCUAUAUCUCACCAUCGAUCCAUGAUUAUAUUUCUUAAUAGAG